AAGUACAAAGUACAAGAUUUGUUUGUAAAAUAUAAAUAUUAAGUAGAUCUUUUGUUAUAAAGUUGGAUAAAACAUUAAAGUAAAACAUUUAGAUUUAAAUAUUGUGUUAUAGUUAUUUCAUUGUUAUUGUCAGAGAGGCGGGGAGUCACUGGGAGCUCGUGCUUCCUCCUGCAUUUUUCCUCGCGCGCGGGGGGGCUGAGCGUGCGUCCUCGCGGCAGACACUCGAGCACAAAGACACGCGGCUCAUCCGCUCGCCUCCCCAUUGACGUCAGUCGGCGAUCACAUGAACGAGCAGCGGCCAAUCGGCGCGGCGCAGCGGAGAGUGCACGCUCCUCUUCACACCGAGACAGAAAGGCGAAUUCAAGGAAACCGAGGCAGCGAACGGACACGAAAGCCCGCGGAGGGACCGCAGAGCAGCCGCCCGUGGAAGAUCCCCGCGCGCCGCGCCGUGGAUUACCGCGUCCCGCGCCGGACGGGCGAACGGAUCGGAUCAGGCCAUGGCCCCGACACACUGAGCCGCCCGCUGACGCUCCGGGGGGGUGGGUGGGAGUGAAGACGCGCCGUGGAGACGAUUCACGGGGGGAAAUGGUGGAUUAUUGUGAACGGCACACAGAGACCCCCCCGCGUCUGGAUCUGCUGCCGUGAAAACAGCGGCCGUGCGUGGGCCCGCCGCACUAACUGAGGUCGUGUUGUGGCGGUGGGUCGGUAGGUACCCCCCCACCCCCUCCCGCGACCUUAUCCGUGUCUGGUUUUCAUUUUUCUCUUGGCGUGCCCCCCCUUAUGGCGGAGUCCUGAAGAAACAAUCUGCGGGAUUAUAGGAUGGAUGUGAGCGGCGGCGGGGAGCUGCACAACAACCAGUUCUACCAGUGCGAGGAGAGCAAGCCGCUGCUGGGGGAGAUGUCGGAGGGCAACAACAACGCCAAGCCGGGCGCGGGGCCCUGCAAGCGGCCGCUGCACCACUGCAGCAGCAGCGGGAUGCGCUACAAGCUGCUGCACGAGGGCGACAUCCAGGUGUGCGUGCUCAAACACCCGCGCACCUUCCUCAGCAAGAUCCUCACGUCCAAGUUCCUGCGGAGAUGGGAGCCGCACCACCUCACGCUCACGGACAGCUGCCUCAGCUCGGCCACACCCACGGGUUACAUGGAGACGUCGUUGUCCUACAGCUCCAUCGAGGACCUGCAGCUGCUGUCGUGGGACAACGCCCCCAAGUACUGCAUCCAGCUCAGCUUCCCCGGCGGCACCGUCCUGCUGCAGGCUGCAAACAGCUACUUAAGGGACCAGUGGUUUCACUCCCUGCAGUGGAAGAAAAAGAUCUACAAGUACCGUAAGGUCCUGAACAACCCGAGCCGCUGGGACGUGGUUCUGAAGGAGAUCCGAGCGCUGGUGGACAUGGCUCUGAGCUCUCCUCUGCAGGACGAAUCCAUCCAUCAGGCUCCUCUGCACAUCAUCUCCACCCUGCUGGCAGAGAACUCCAACCUCAGCGCUCAGGAUCAUGAGAACAUCAUCGUGGCCAUCGCUCCUCUCCUGGAAAACAACCACCCCCCUCCUGACCUGUGCGAGUUCUUCUGCAAGCACUGUCGCGAGCGGCCGCGCUCUAUGGUCGUGAUCGAAGUCUUCACGCCUGUGGUCCAGAGAAUCCUCAAACACAACAUGGACUUCGGGAAGUGUCCUCGGCUGCGCCUCUUCACUCAGGAGUACAUUCUGGCUCUGAACGAGCUGAACGGAGGGAUGGAGGUUGUCAAGAAGUUUGUCCACAGCAUGCACGGCCCCACGGGGCAGUGCCCUCACCCGCGAGUCCUGCCAAACCUGGUGGCCGUGUGCCUGGCCGCCAUCUACUCCUGUUACGAGGAGUUCAUCAACAGCCGCGACAACUCCCCCAGCCUGAAAGAGAUCAGGAACGGCCGUGAACUCCAGCGAGAUCCUGGUGGAGCUGGAGCGCAACAACAACUCUGCCAACGCCAAGAAGAAGGCCGGCCCAGCGGGGGGCGACAGCGAGCCCAACCUGAUCGACUGCCUGCUGGUCAGCCCCGCCGUCAACACGCUGUCCAUCCAGCUGCCGGCGCAGGCCGACCGGGUCUUGGGCUGUUUCGCCCUCAUCCUGAAGAUGCUGUCAGACUAUGACGACUGGAGGCCGGCUCUGGCCAGCCUGCUGCAGCCCAUACCCUUCCCUAAAGAAGCUCUGGCACACGCCAAAUUCACCAAGGAGCUGAAGUACGUGAUUCAGAGGUUUGCUGAGGACCCGAGGCAGGAGGUUCACUCCUGUCUGCUCAGCGUGCGCUCAGGUAAAGACGGCUGGUUUCAGCUCUACAGUCCAGGGGGCGUGGCCUGCGAUGACGACGGGGAGCUGUUCGCCAGCAUGGUUCACAUCUUGAUGGGUUCCUGCUACAAGACCAAGAAGUUCCUGCUGUCUCUGGCUGAGAACAAGCUGGGGCCCUGCAUGCUGCUGGCCCUGCGGGGGAACCAGACCAUGGUGGAGAUUCUCUGCUUGAUGUUGGAGUACAACAUCAUCGAGAACAAAGACACGCAGCUGCAGAUCAUCUCCACCCUGGAGAGCACCCAGGUGGGCUUCCGCAUGUACGAGCAGCUCUGCGACCGACAGCGAGAGCUCAAAGAGCUGCAAAGAAAAGGUGGCCCCACCCGGCUCACUCUGCCCUCCAAGUCUACGGAUGCUGAUCUGGCCCGCCUGUUGAGUUCGGGCUCCUUCGGGAACUUGGAGAACCUGAGCCUGGCGUUCACCAACGUCACCAGUGCCUGUGCGGAGCAGCUCAUCAAGCUCCCGUCGCUCAAACAGCUCAACCUUUGGUCCACUCAGUUUGGGGACGCAGGACUGAGGUUGUUAUCGGAGCACCUGGCCUGCCUUCAGGUUCUGAACCUGUGUGAGACUCCCGUCACCGACGCCGGACUGGUGGCUCUGAGCUCGAUGAAGAGUCUGUGCAGCCUGAACAUGAAUAGCACCAAGCUGACGGCCGACACCUACGAGGACCUCAAGGCCAAACUGCCCAACCUAAAAGACGUUGAUGUUCGGUACACAGAGGCCUGGUGAUCGUCCACAAUCUGCCCCCCCAUCCCGUCUACAUCCCCCCCCACACACACACAUACACACACAAAGACUGAAAGAUGAUGCCAGGGUUCAUCCAGAAAGUCGGAUGUCGUUCUGGCGUCAGGAUCAAGACGUUUCCUUCAGCUUCAUUUCACCCCUUUUAAUGAAACCAGACCAAGAGGUCGACUCAGAACCACUUCAUGGACCUUCUACUCCCAGGGAAAUACUCUACAACCAGAACUUUGAGGACCUGUGUCUAUGCGAAGCCUUUGUCUUCAGUCUUUCACGUCUUUUCGUUUCUAAUUCAACCUGAAUUUGGUUCCUGCAGAGGACACGCCCCCUGUUUUGCGUCCUGUUUUGCGACGGAGGCUCAAUCUCUGAACAAUCAAACGGAUUCAGGACGCAGCUCUGUCCACACCAGAGCGCCGCUUCGGAGUUUCCCUCUCAUCUUCUGGGAAAAUGGAGGUGCUACCGGGGAGAAAGAAGACUGUGCCUACUUCUCAUGUCAAAGGAAAGGAAAACGACAAAAAACAAGAUUUUUAUCAACGUGAAUUAACAUAUUUUUCCAGAUAUCUGUGCUUUCAUAUGAUACAUUUCUAUAAAUGAAGAGAAGACCCGCGCCGCGUUACAGGAGCUCUGUAGGAACGCUUUCUGUGUAAAUAAGCCCCUCCCCCAUUUUACAGAGCUCAGUAGCUGGGUGGGGGUGGGGUUCUAGGACUGCCUCAUAUUUAUAUAAUCAGCAGUUAAAGGCCAGAGACCUUUUUAGAACUUUACCCCAGCAAAGAGGACAGCCGCCGGCGGACGCGUCUGCCCGAUGGUGAUCACGCACGGACCAUCACCAGCUGAGAGUUGUAUAUUUUCAUAUCCUCUGUGCGACUUUUUUGGGGUUUGGAGGCUGAGAGGACCCGCCAAACCUCGUCCUGGAGUUCGGCUGCUUUGUGCAAUUGUCUCUGGAGGCGUGGAGUCGACCCCCGGCUGCUUGGACGUCGAUUUUUACCCGAACUUCUGCUGUAUUUAUACUCUACCGGGAGGUUUUUAGGCUUUCAUAACUCUCCGCGGCCAGCGGUCGCAGUCUCCAUGCAGCAGGACACGCUGGUGGAAGGGUUUUGUCUACAUUCCUUUCACGCCCGAACCCGAGCGACCACCGCUGGGUGUAAAAAACGGUCUGACUGCAUCCAUCCGUAUAAUUUAUUCAAGUUAGUCUUUAGAUGUUUGUUCGGACCGGACGCCGUCCACAAGACUUAUUUAUUGGGUGCCAUGACGAUUUUCUGUCGGUCCGCAGACUCGGUUUGUGUUUGGGUCUCACUUUGCGACAUCAUGCUCUUUCAUAUCCUGUAUGAUGUAUAUACACGUGUAAAUAGUGCUCUCCUCUUUUUCAAUCCCUCUCUCCUCCCUCUUCUCUGCCGCCCUCUGCUGGCGGCUGUUGUUGCCUUCAUCUGUGUGGUUGUUUUUAUUUUUUCACACAAAGUGCACUGUAAUCUAAAAAAAAAAAGUUUUUAAAUGUUUCUUUGAUUUAAUCACUUUUCCUGUUUUUUCUUGCACGUUCAUCAUCUAAUCUUUUUAUUUUGUAAUUGUUCUUUUUAAAAAAAAAAAAGGUUUGGAAGAUGAUAAAUUCUUAUCACGGUUCAGGACUGAAGAGGAGAAAUCCCGUCCGUCCAGAGCUUUUAUCGCAGCGGUUUGGAGACUGACACUUAUGUUCAAAUGUGGUCCUUUUUUUUUUUUUUUACAAAGAUGCAAUGUUCCUCGUUUCCUAAACAAUGUUUAGAUAAUCAUAUCAGAGGUGGAACCCACUCAUGCUUUUUUUUUUUUUUUUUUUUUUUAAUAAAGCUGGUGGUUCCACAUGUCGACGAGCAGAAAACUUUUACUGUCCUUUGUUUUGAUCCCUAAUGUUUUUGAAUGUUUAAAAAGUCCUGUUUGCCAUUUUUUUUGGGAGGGGGAUAUCCCGAAAGGAGAACUCAUUUAAAAAUGUUUAUCCAUUUAUUGUGAUAAUCCAGCCAGCAGCCGGUUAGCUUAGUUUAGCAUAAAGACUGGAAGGGAGAGAAACCGCAUCACCUCACGCGGAGCUCGGAUCUUCCUGAUCCAUCAACCUGACAAAUAAGACAAAAAACGGUUCUAAUGUUAAAAAAAAUGUAUCUAAAGCAAAGAAAAGCAUGUGCUGCUGUUGGCCAGCAGGGGGAGCCCUUUCCCAAUAACUUGUCAAAAUUAAUGAGGCAGAAAAAUCUAUUCUGUAAGCAGAUUUAUGUUAAACUGCUUAUCGUUCAUCUUCUAAACCUCCGACUCGUUAUGGAUUGUUGCCAUAGUAACCAGGUAGUUUGUUAGGACAUAUUUACCGUUUUAAAGGAUGCAAAGUUAUUUAUACUGGAACUAUGAAUAGAUCUGUGCUCUUUUAAGUGGUUGCAUCACUUGUACAGUUUUCUUCUAACAUCACAAGUACAAACAUCUAAGGAAGACAUAAAAGUUGAAUUCAUCUUAGAAACACAAAAACUGUUUGUUGCUCAUAAUUUUCAGCCCCAAACAUGAGGACGUUUGAAUGGUUGCUAUGGUCCAUCACCUUCAAAUCCAACCUAAUAAAGUCCAGAUGACCAGAACCGCGCGGGGUGGUCCGUGGUUCUCUCUUCUCCAGUCCAGUCGCAUUGAUCUGCUUCUCCUGCUGGGUUGUUAUUAUAUAAUUCUGAUUAUUGCUGCUGCUGCUGCUCUGUGGCUGUUGUAAUAAGAAUACAAACAUCUUUGACAGGAAGAAUAACGACUAUGAUGUGAAAUAAUUUCAAUCAAAAAUAAAGUUGUCUGUGAAUGUU